AUGUUCCCUAUCCAAAUAUAUGCUGCCGCUUUUGAGAAAUUCAAAGAAAAGAAGGCAAUACUUCGCCAGCCAUUAAUUGAACUUUGCGAUACCCUUGCCUUAUUCCUUGCAUCUGAUGCAGAUUCCAGUGUCCGUGAGGCAUCAUUUCUUGCAAUUGGAGCACUAAUGAGGAUUGUCAGCGAGAGUGCGAUAAAUAAUUAUUGCGGUCAAGUUACCCAGGACAAAGGGAAAUUAGCUAAGGUUCGUGAAAACUGCGAGAACCUGAAAAAGGAAUACGGGCUGAACGCUUCUGCGGCGGUUCUGAAGCUGCACAACAAAACAAAACCUGCUGUAAGCACAUCACAAUCCGGUAGCAAGACAGCGAUUAAAGCAAUGGGCUCCAAAAAUCAGUCUGCAGUUGUAAAGAAAACACAGAGGAGUGCAGUGAGUACGAAACCAAAAACCCGCCUCGUGCAUUCUGGACGACAGACGCCAGAAGCUAGGAUGAUCCGUCCGUUGCGAUCAUCAGGUUCAGCGACGACAACGAAAAUGACACCAUUGUUACAUGCAAAUUCUGAUCAACAGACGAGGUUGAGGCAUGACAACAAUGCUCAUCGGCAAGAACACAGAAUUAUAGGAACGAAAGAUCUGAAUGAAAAUAAGGUUGAUCGUGAUGAAAAUCGCGCUUCAAAUGGUGGAAAUGAAUUGUUUUUUGACGCUGCAGAAGAAGUAGAAACGACGCGACAAGCUGCAGAUGAUGAUGCUACUGUUGCUGCCACUGCAGCAAAUGAAUUAUCUGUUUCAAAAAGCAAAGAAAGUUUCUCUCUCAAGGAAGGGCCAGAAAAUACCGCUGUGGAGGCGGAAAUUACGGCACCCUCAAUUGUUGCGGAAGAAAAAAACCCAAUUUCAACUGGUUCAGCCAUGUCGAUUCCUGACACCGGCACUCGAGCGCCCAGUCGCAUUCCACGACGCAUAUCACUGCUUCAUUUAUCUACCUUUCGACGUAAAUGA